AUGCGGAUUGGUCCAGAACCUACCACGGAUUCUUUCAUUGCUGUGAUGUAUGGAGAAUCAGAAGGAAGCGUUCCAGGAAAUGCCCUGGUUGUUGAUCCUAAGAAGCCAUUCCAUGAUGAAACCCUGUUCCCUAAAAGACCAAAUGAGCUGGAAACUCGAGUGGUUUGUCCCACCGACAGCUUUUCAGACAUCUUCCGAGAUGUUGUCACGUUACGUCCAGCAGCUUCAGAAAUCCCUAACUUCCUAAAAGGCCUCCAGAUGAACAACAACUACCUAGAGAGCGAAUUUUCUAAAUGGAAAGACUGUGAGCUUGACUCUCAGCCCAACCACCUGACAGGAGCAGCAGACUACCUCAUCUUGAUCGACACUGCAUUUGUCUUUGCUACCAGUUACCCACCACUCAUGAGACCAGAAAGGAAAGUGGAUGUCAUUUUGCAUUUCAACUACAGUUCAGGUUCCCAGACCAGACCUCUGAAAGAAGCCUCUGAGUACUUUGCAAAACAAGGAAUUCCUUUCCCUAAGGAGGUGCCAGAUGAUCAGGAAACACCACAUCUGAAGGAAUGCUACAUUGUUGGUGAAAAGGAGAGCCCAGAAACCCCUAUUGUGAUAUUCUUCCCUCUGGUAAAUGACACCUUCAGGGAAUACAAAGCACCUGGGGUAAGACGUAGCCCCUCAGAGAUGGCAGAGGGUGAUGUUGAUGUUACCAAUAGCUGUGGUCCAUACUACAUAAACAACCUGAGUUAUUCAGAGAAAGAUUUUGACAAACUGGUGAACCUAAGCUACUACAAUGUCCAGAAUAAUAAAGACUUGAUUCUUCAGGCCUUGCGUGCAGCAGUGGAACGGAAAAAGCAGCAAAAGAAACAGCAACUACUGCAAAAACCACCACCUCCUGGUGAUGAUGACAUGAGUGUGCCCAACAGAGAGGGGUCCCAGCAUUUGCCCACCUGCUCAAAAAAUAUUCUAGAAAUGACUGUUUCUGAUGAUGACAUCUUUCGUGAUGAUGACCAUGCUAUUGUUCUUUUUGAUGUAGCUAAAAUCUCCCUUGGGAAAAGAGUGAUGGUGGCAUUCCCAUUGAAUCCACGGGAAGACCUUGAUGUACGCGUGGGCUUUGACUUGUGUGCUCAGGAACAGGAUUUCAUUUGCAAAAGGAAGAAGGUUGUUGCAGCUGCUCUGAAGGACAUUCUUCAGUUGGAGGAGGACUUGGAGGAUGAUGAGGUACCUGUGGUGGCAAUCAUGACCACGGGUGGUGGAACCAGAGCUCUGACAGCCAUGUACGCUCACCUUCUGAGCGUGCAGGAACUGAAUGUCUUGGACUGCGUUUCCUACGUCACCGGUCUGUCUGGUACAACAUGGACCAUGGCAAACCUGUAUGAAGAUCCUGACUGGUCGCAGAAGAAUCUUAAGAAAACACUCAAUGAUAUCCGAAGGCACGUGCUUAAAAAUAAAUUCUUGGCUUGUUUUGCUCCAGACCGUCUGAAAUACUACUUGAAAGAGUUAUGCCAAAGGAAACAGGAAGGACAUCAGAUAAGUUUCACAGAUCUGUGGGGACUCAUCAUUGAAUCUAUGUUCCGUGACAAGGAGGACACCCAGAAGCUCACAGAUCAGCAGCAGGCACUAAACCGUGGUCAGAAUCCCCUGCCCAUCUACCUUUCCCUCAAUGUGAAGGAUAAAAUCAGCGACCAGGAUUUUAGAGAAUGGGUGGAAUUCACUCCUUAUGAGGUAGGAUUCCUGAAAUAUGGUGCCUAUAUUCGUGCAGAAGAUUUUGGCAGUGAGUUCUUCAUGGGUCGUCUCAUGAAGAAAAUCCCAGAAUCCAGAAUCUGCUUUUUGGAAGUAAGCCAGGCUGAUUGCUAUGUUUCACUGUGGCUGCCUACGGCAGCAAUCGAAAAGUGCCGCACCAAAACGAUAAGAAACUCCAACGACCCAGUGUGGAAUGAAACCUUCUACUUCAGGAUCCAGAGUAAAGUCAAGAAUGUGCUGGAGCUGACAGUGUACGAUGAGGAUUUUGCAACGCCAGAUGACCAUCUCCUCUGUACGCUCUUUGAUACUGCUAAACUUCCAAUUGAUAGAACAGUGCUCCUGUAUUUCAAGCCCAGCUCAACGUGUCGUGAACUUUGUUGCUUAGAAGUGGAAGUGAAUGAAAAGCAGCAGAAAAAGUCAAAGAAGGAGCUUUCCCUUACUGUGAAAGGAUCCUUUGAAGGGACACAGGAUAUCACACUGGGCCCUGAUGGAGUGGUCAGCCCAUCAGGUCCCACCAAAUUCCACUAUAUCAAGUAUGCUGAGCCAACGUUGGAUGUCAUGUUGCCAAAGAAGAGGCGCUACCACCCUUGGACCUGCAGGUUCAGUACAGAAACAGGAUCCCCAGUGCUGAUGCUGAAUUCAUUGCCUAUGGGAAUGAAAACGACAAUUGCAGAGGAGAAAAGAUUUGAUUUGAAUGUGAAAGCAGAAAGAUGUAACUGUUCAUGCCACCAAGACCUGGACAUGCGCUUUGGAUUUGACUUAUGUUCAGAUGAGAGGGCUUUCCUGGGCAAAAGGAAGAAGUAUGUAGCGAGCGCGAUGAAAAAUGUUUUUCACCUACAAGAGGAUCUACAGGAUCAUGAAGUCCCUGUUGUGGCUAUCAUCACGACAGGUGGUGGACUAAAGUCAAUGACAGGACUGUAUGGCAGUCUCAUGGGACUCAAGAAAUUAAAUCUCCUGGAUUGUGUAACCUACAUCAGCGGGCUGUCUGGCACCACAUGGACCAUGGCCAACUUAUACAGGGAUGCCUACUGGUCACAGAAGGACCUUGACUCACAUAUUAGUGAAGCCCAGAAACAAGCAACCAAAUGCAAGAUGGGCUGCUUCUCUAUGGAUCGCAUGAAGUAUUACAAUAAGCAGCUAUGUCAGCGGAAAGAAGAGGGAUACAGAACAUCAUUUAUUGAUCUUUGGGGGCUUAUGAUUGAAUACUUACUAAACGAUGGGAAAGACCCCCACAAACUUUCUGAUCAACGAGAAGCGCUGUGUGAUGGCCAGAACCCACUGCCCAUCUAUGUGUCAGUCUGUGUCCGGGACAACUACAGCACUCAGGAUUUCAAAGAGUGGGUGGAGUUCACCCCCUACGAGGUGGGGCUGCUGAAGUAUGGCGCAUUCAUCCCUGCAGAGAAUUUUGGAAGCAAGUUCUUCAUGGGACGCAUGUUAAAAAAACUACCUGAAUCCCGGAUCUGCUACCUGCAAGGUAUGUGGAGCAGUAUUUUUUCUGUGAACCUCUUACAAAUCUGGGGACUGUCACACAGUUCAGAGGAUUUCUGGAAGAGAUGGACUCAAGACAAAAUUGAUGAAGUUGAUGAAGAUCCAGUGUUGCCUACAAGGCCCCAUGAGCUAAGGACUCGUAUAUACACCCCUCCUGGCACCCUAUCCAAUGCUCUUCGGGGUGCUUUAACCGAUCGCUUCUCAGUUGCCCAGCAUCACAAUUUCCUGAGGGGUUAUCAGCUGCAUAGUGACUACUUUGAAAAUGAGCACUUCUGUCAAUGGAAAGACACUGUGUUAGACUCACGUCCUAACGAGCUGAUGCAAAAUCCUGAUCACCUGGGCAUGAUAGAUGCUGGAUUUUUCAUCAAUACCAGCAGUCCACCGCUUUUAAGACGACAGAGGGAAGUAGAUGUCAUCAUAUAUUUAAGUUAUACUACUGGAUCUCAUACAUCGUCUCUAGAGAAGGCGUGCAAAUAUUACUCGGAGCAGAAAAUCCCAUUCCCAAAAAUUUCUUUGAGUGAUGAAGAUAAGAAAAACCUGAAGGAGUGCUACAUCUUCCAAGAUUCAGAUUUGCCACGAUGCCCUAUUGUGAUUUUUCUUCCACUUGUGAAUGAUACCUUCCAAGAGUACAAAGCACCCGGUGUCAAGCGCUGUUGCUCAGAGAUGGAGGAAGGAAAACUUGACCUGUCCAGUCGGUGUUCCCCUUACUGCAUGUUCUCAGUCAGGUAUACUGAUGAGAAUUACCGCCGGCUGCUGAACCUCAGUGAAUACAAUGUCCUGAAUAACUCACAGAUGAUUAUGCAAGCCUUGCAAACAGCAAUGCAAAGGAGGAGGCAAAACACGUGCUGUUAACUAUCCAGCUAUCUAUGUC